CUUUGUCACCUUGAGUGCUCUUGAUCUUUGACACUUGAUCUCUGCAGGUAUCUCGUGACCGCAGUGCAACAAAUCCGACAGAAUGCUAAACCUCGCCCUCGUUGCUCUGCUUGUGGCAUCUGCUUUGGCCGUCGACCAGCAGCAGUUCUACUCCUUUUCUCCACCAGUGGGAUCAGGAAGUGGCACCUCCUACAGUUUGACUGGAAAUGGCAGGAUAACAGCCGUGCGAAUUUGGGAGGCAUACGGAGGGAGCUACAUCAGAGGCUUCCAGAUCAGCUACAACAACAUUUGGUCCCCUGUUGCUGGCUUCACCUACGGGGACGCCAAGGAGAUCGAGCUGUUCAAUGAUGAGGCCAUCAUCCAGGUUUCUGGAAAGUAUUCUCACUAUGUGCAGUCAGUGGUGUUCACCACUAGCCGGGGCCGCACUCUGUCUGCGGGCCAGCCCAGCGGCCAUUCCUUCAACAUGUACCCCACCAACAGCAGGGCCGAGCUGCGCUUCAUCAGCGGCCGGUACCACGGAGGCAUCACCUCUAUUGGAGCCCACUGGGCAGUGGUCCCAUCUGCCUCAAACAGCACUGCUGGCUACUGAGGAGGAGAGGAGAGGAGGGGAGAGAAGAGGAGAGUGGUUGUGACUAUUUGACCAUGCCAGAAAGCGCAAAUCUAAUGAUUCUUAUGCAAACAUUUGAAUUUCUGUUCUGUCCAUAUUUAACAUUUUUCAAUAAGUCCCAUAUUAUGAUUGCUAUGGUAGAAAAAUACAGAUUACUGUGAUAUGAACUUACUGAAACUCUUUCUAAACUCUGAACAUUAUAAUAAUGCCCACAACCAUGCUGCAUUCCACUGUUAAUGCAUUUUGCUGCAAGCACCUUUCUUUGUCAAAAUUCCUUUUAUUUUCCAAAGGGUUAUUAAAGACAGGUUUCGAUAUAUAUAUAUAUAUAUGGGCUGAGAUAACUGGAUUCACUGCAGUAGGACCUUGCAAAAUCAGCCUUCAGUGGCAUGUUAACAUUUUAAAUGACAUGUUUUGAAUUACAAAGGAAUGUGUUUAGUGUCAGUCAGUAUACCAUCUCCUCACUGUGCUUUUUGCAUGUUUAUCCUCCCUUCUGAUGUGAAAAUAGAAAGGGCGAUGUACAAACAUAUUCUGUGUACUUCUCUGUAUGGUAAAGGAUACGUGAGUGAGGCAUGAAUCUCUGCUAACACAUCUCAAGUGUGCACACUAUUUUUUUCUUUUUCUUUUUUUUCUUUUCUUUAAUUUUUACACUGGCACACUAUGAUGCUCUUCCCUUUUUCUAAAAAGUAAGAUGUAUAGUAAAUUUUGCACAUCAAAGCUUUUCACAUCAUCAUUACAUGUCAAACACAAUGUAUAUCACCAUUUUUUAGCAAGCUUUCACUUUGGACAAAUACAGUGGGCGUAAAUAUGAAUUAAAACAAUCUGGCAAGGAAACAUAACAUAGGAAUGCAAGGUAUUGGUCCCUGACAGUAUCUGUGAUAUCUUACUAGUAAGCACGGCUAAAAAUAGAUUCCGAGUGUCCCUCCCUUUUCCUGAGAAAUCAAACUUUUUCCUUUUGUGUGUCUGUC